GUUUAAUCCUAACCAUGUCUACUCAGAAGUUGUCUUAUUGAAUUCAAUUAGACUUACUCCCAGGAAAGUGGGAUUAGGAUUGGAGCCUUAGGCAAACUGAGGUGGUGAGUGCCGACAGAAAUGGAACCACGUGCGUUCCUGCCUCCUCUCCAUUUUUAGCCCACACGUGUUCACACCAAACAUCUGAAGAAGGCUAUAGUAGACUGUCAAAGUUAAUUUGUGAGACUGGGUUAAAAGUGGCUCCUGGAACUGGAAAGGUGGAAGGACACUGUGCGUUAAAGGAUCCACUUUGUUAAUAUGGAACAUGGAAAAACAACGUGACCAACCUCCCCUAGCAAAUGUGAGAUGAUGCGGCGCAGCAGAGGCUUUGCCUCGUUGUGGGACAGCAGCCUUCGGUAUAAUAGCAAUUCAACUGCCCCUGCUCCAGAUCUCAUGAAAGGCCAGAUCCUCCAGUACCUCCACAACCGCUUCUAUGACAUUGAACUUUUUAUAAACAUCUGCUGGAAUGUAAAUAAAUGGAAUAUAGGAAGGAAAAACAGGUACCUAACGGAGACGCAGAAGCUCUAUGGGGACAAUCUCGCGGCUGCCUUCUUUGCUCUGUCUUUGAAGGGACGAGUUAGGUUCCAGGGUGAAAAGGAAUGGUACCCUGAGAAAUACAUACGCUGGAAGAGCCGCGAGAGUUUCCGAAAACUUGUAGAAACCCCCUUGGAAGCAGUUGAUGUCAGCGGCUCCGUUAUCACCUAUGAUGGCCUGGAUAAUCUGGUUUAUCUUCAAGCACUGAAACACCUGGACCUCAGCAGAUGCCCCAACAUCGACGACUGGAGUCUGAACCGGCUACAUGUCUUUGCAGACCGUCUGCAGGAGCUUUCGCUGGCUGGCUGCCCCCGCAUCACUGAGAAUGGACUUGCUUGCCUCCACCACCUGGAGAAUCUCAAACGCUUGGAUGUGUCUGACCUCCCCUCUAUUCCCAACAAAGGGUUAGUUCGGAUCUUGUUGCAGGAGAUGUUACCCCAAUGUGACAUUGUGGGAAUGGACUUCAGUGAAGGGUUGGGCCUGUCCUUGAACUCACAUGAGCUUGGAGGGGAAAUAGAGGAGGAGCAUAAGGGGGCUGCUGGCAGCCGGAAAGGCAGAGAGGUCCCUGUUUGAACUGGGAGGGUUGCUUUUCAGAGACUUUCCCCAGGCCAGUCAUUGCACUCUCCAAAUUGCUCUGAUCUCACUUUGCACCCAGUCGACAUAGAGACAGCAACAGAUGUGAUUGUUUUAACCCUUCAGAUGCCCUUGGACUCCAACUCCCAUCAGCCUCAGCCAGAAUGAGGUCAGGGAUGAUGGGAGUUGGAAUCCAACAACACUUGGAGGGCCAUAGGUUGCUCCCCCUGAAGUAGGCAUGGACAUCUAUUAGUUCACCUUCCUUAUGGUCAUCCUCAUAAUAAACAGAGCAUCUGAAUACA